AAAAAUAAUAACAAAGUUGAACAAAAUUUUUUUUUCAUUGACUAUUCAGUAUAUUUACUCAUCAUAAGUUGUGAUGAACCCUACAAAAAGAAGACGUAUUGAGGAUGAUCAACAAGUCUCUGCAGAUGAUGUUGACGAGAAAAUGGAUCUCAUCAACUCUCUUGAUAAUGAUUCAUUAGCACAAAUAUUCAUGGAGCUGCCAAUAUCUGAGAGGAUAACUAUGGAUCAAGUUUGUUCCAAAUGGAAAGAGGCCUGUCAACUAGCUUGGCAUGACAUUAAAAAAUACAAAUGUAGCGAUGCAAUUUUUCGUAGUUAUGAAAAAUGUAUUUUAACACAAUCAUACGUAAAAAAAAUAUUAUUCUAUUGUGGUGUUUAUUUAAAAGAAUUGAUUCUUUCAAAAAUUUGUGACUCAAGUAUCAUGCCAGUAGUUGCUGAAUACUGCAAAAAUUUAACAACACUUGAAUUUGAAAUUAUCAGAUUUUGUUCUUCUGAUACUAGUUACUUUGUUCAAGCAUUCACACAGUUGGAGAAAUUAAAAAUCCUUAAAAUACAUAUAUUUGGAGAAAAAAUUUACUUCCAGAUAUUAAAUAAUCUUUCAAAAGAUAUAGAGGAAAUUCAUUUAUAUUUUACACACGCUUUCAUAUCAGGCUCUGGUAUAAACUCAGAACAAUUUCUUGAGAUACUGAAUGCAAAUGAUGAAAACCCAGUAUCACCAUCACUUUUCUCUUUAAGAGAAUUUACCAAUCUUCGAAGUUUGACAAUACGUUGUCAAAAUAUCACCGAUAUUAUCCAAGAAAUAUCAAAAAAAACAACACUUGUUUAUCUUGAUCUCCAACAAUGUCAUACUGUAAACAAGAUUUUUACAUUCAAUCAACUUUCAAACUUGGAACAUCUCAACAUUAAAGAUGUAUAUUUCUGGGAUAGCUGUUUUGAGAAGAGAUUGAUUCCAAAUCCAAUCAGUGAUAUUUUCAAUACAUGCAAAAAUUUAAAACAUCUUGAUGCACCAGACUUUGAUGUUGAUUUAGCUGAAAUUAAAAUGGAAAACUGGGUAAACUUGAAAAACUUGGUAUAUCUAAAUAUUCGCUGGCAAGCUAGUGAUCCAAUAAUCAAAAAAAUCAUCAAGUAUUGCAAUAAUUUAGAAUUCAUAAAUAUUGAUGAAUUAAAUAGUGAAUCUAUUAUAAAAUUAACAAAACUUAAAAAUCUUAAUUAUUUAAAAUUUGAUAGUAUACAAAAUAGUCUCAAUAAACAAGUAAUGGUUGCAAUUUUAAAUAAUUGUAAAAAACUUAAACAUCUGGUAAUUUACGGGAGUAAUAGAGUGGAGGCAUCACUUUUUGAUGAUUUAUCAAAUUUGCUAUAUAUUGAAAAUUUAAAUUUGGAAUUUAGUAAGAAACUUGGAGAUAGUGCUAUGAUUGCUAUUGCUGCAAAUUGUAAACUCGUGAAAUGUUUGAACAUUGAAAAUUGUCAGUCCAUCACUUCAACUGGUUAUAUUGCUUUAACGAGUUUAAAAAAUUUGAAAGAACUAAACGUUAAACUUAGUAAAAAUGUUGAAGACAAUUUUAUUGUCAAAUUAAAAGGAAUAAAAAUUUUAAAUUGUUCUCAUUGCAACCAACUGACUGAUGCUGGUGUCAUUCAUUUUAUAGAAAAUAAUCCAGAUCUUGAAUAUCUUAAUAUCGGUCAUAUCAAAAAUAUUACAACUAAAACAAUUACUGCUGCAGAUGAGGCAUCUAAAAAUCGUACAAAUGAUACUUUUUUAUCAAUAAAAACUUAUAAAAGGGUUCUUCAAAAAGCUCUCAUCAAAUGUCAAUGGUUAACUUAUGGUUAGAAUGGAAUUGGAGUAUUUUUUUUUUUCUCAGCAGGUACAUCUUGUAUUUUUUCUACAUUUUAACAAAUUACAAAAAAAAAACAUAUAAAAUGUAUUGAAAGUUGAUAUGUAAAAUAAUAAUAAAAUUAAAAAAAAAAAUUAUAAUUCAUUUUCCUUUUUUUUUUUUUUUUGCUUUUUUGAGUAAAUUUUCAAGUUUUCAAAAGUUUAGUGGGUAAGCAGGGUAAGUGGCUCAGUCUAGUGGUUUUUCAUGACAUUUUUACAUAGUGGGAAGAUGGCUACCGAGUCUGGCGACUGGCAACACUGGUCUCUUUGUAGUCUGCUCUAUUUAUUGCUAUUUAUUUAGUCUUCUUGGUGAAAACGUAUUAAAUACGUCGUAUUGUCAAAAAAAAAAAAAUAUAGGUAUAAUAAAUAAAUAAAUAUAUGAUAUAAACAAUGGCAGUUCCAUCAGCAUCAAUGUCAACAAGAAAUAAAAAACAUUUUCUUGGUGUACCAGCACCUUUGGGCUAUGUUGCUGGUGUUGGAAGAGGAGCUACUGGAUUUACAACACGUUCAGAUAUUGGUCCAGCAAGAGAUGCAAAUGAUGUAUCUGAUGAUCGUCAUGCACCACCACCAGCAAAAAGAGCUAAAAAAAAAGAAGAAGAAGAAGAAGAAGAAGAAGAUUUAAAUGAUUCAAAUUAUGAUGAUUUUAAUGGUUAUGGUGUAUCAUUAUUUAGUAAAGAUCCAUAUGAUAAAGAUGAUGAAGAAGCUGAUGCAAUUUAUGAAGAAAUUGAUAAAAGAAUGGAUGAAAAACGUAAAGAAUAUCGUGAAAAACGUUUACGUCAAGAAUUAGAACGUUAUCGUCAAGAACGUCCAAAAAUACAACAACAAUUUUCUGAUUUAAAACGUGAACUUGUUAAUGUCAGUGAAAUGGAUUGGAAAAAUAUACCAGAAGUUGGUGAUGCACGUAAUCGUAAACAAAGAAAUCCACGUGCUGAAAAAUUUACACCAUUACCAGAUUCAAUAUUAUCACAUAAUCUUGGUGGUCAAACAACAACAAGUAUUGAUCCAUCAUCAUCAUUUUCAUCACCUGGUAGUGGUGGUGGUAUGUUAACACCAACUGGUGAUUUAGAUUUACGUAAAAUUGGACAAGCACGUAAUACAUUAAUGAAUGUUAAACUUAUGCAAGCAUCUGAUUCAGUUGAAGGACAAACAGUUGUUGAUCCAAAAGGUUAUUUAACUGAUUUACAAAGUAUGAUACCAACAUAUGGUGGUGAUAUUAAUGAUAUUAAAAAAGCACGUUUAUUAUUAAAAUCAGUUAGAGAAACAAAUCCAAAUCAUCCACCAGCAUGGAUUGCAUCAGCUCGAUUAGAAGAAGUUACUGGUAAAUUACAAGCAGCUAGAAAUUUAAUAAUGAAAGGUUGUGAAGAUAAUCCAAUGUCUGAAGAUUUAUGGUUAGAAGCAGCACGUUUACAACCACCAGAUACAGCAAAAGCUGUUAUUGCAAAAUCAGUUACAUAUAUAUCAACAUCUGUACGUAUAUGGAUUAAAGCUGCUGAUCUUGAAAGUAAAAUAGAAGCUAAAAGACGUGUAUAUCGUAAAGCACUUAAACUUAUACCACAUUCAGUUAGAUUAUGGAAAGCUGCUGUUGAACUUGAAGAACCUGAAGAUGCUAAAACUUUACUUAGUCGUGCAGUUGAAUGUUGUUCAACAAGUGUUGAUUUAUGGUUAGCAUUGGCACGUCUUGAAACACCUGAUAAUGCAAGAAAAGUACUUAAUAAAGCACGUGAAAAUAUACCAACUGAUCGUCAAAUAUGGACAACAGCAGCAAAAUUAGAAGAAGCUAAUGGUAAAAAACAUAUGGUUGAUAAAAUAAUUGAUCGUGCAAUAUCAUCAUUAAAAGCAAAUGGUGUUGAAAUAAAUCGUGAACAUUGGUUUAAAGAAGCUAUGGAAGCUGAAAAAUCAGGUGCUGUAUAUACAUGUCAAGUUAUUAUUAAAUCAAUAAUUGGUGUUGGUGUUGAAGAAGAAGAUAGAAAACAUACAUGGAUACAAGAUGCUGAAACAUGUGCACAACAAGGUGCAUUAGAAUGUGCACGUUCAGUAUAUGCAUAUGCAUUAAAAAUAUUUCCAAGAAAAAAAUCAAUAUGGUUACGUGCUGCAUAUUUUGAAAAACAAUAUGGUACACGUGAAUCAUUAGAAAAAUUAUUACAACGUGCUGUUAAACAUUGUCCUACAAAUGAAACAUUAUGGUUAAUGGGUGCUAAAUCAAAAUGGCUUGCUAAUGAAGUAGACGCAGCAAGAUAUUUAUUAUCAUUGGCAUUUCAAGCAAAUCCAAAUUCCGAAGAAAUAUGGCUUGCUGCUGUUAAACUUGAAUCUGAAAAUUCUCAAUAUGAAAGAGCCCGACAAUUAUUAAAAAAAGCAAGAGAAUUAGCACCAACACCACGUGUUAUGAUGAAAAGUGUUAAAUUAGAAUGGGCAUUAAAUAAUCUUGAUGCUGCAUUGAAUUUAGUAAAUAAAGCACUUGAAAAAUUUGAUGAAUUUCCAAAGCUAUGGCUUAUGAAAGGACAAAUUGAAGAACAAAAAAAUGAUUAUACAGCAGCUCUUGAUACAUAUAAUCAGGCUACUAAAAAAUGUUCAACAUCAAUACCAUUAUGGAAGCUAUUAGCUAAUUUAGAAAGACAAAUAAAUCAAAUAUCAACAGCAAGAUCAGUAUUGGAUAGGGGUCGUUUAAAAAAUCCAAAAAAUCCAGAACUUUGGCUUGAAUCUAUUAGAAUUGAAAUGAAACCAGAUGGUGUACGUAAUAUGGCACAUGCACUUAUGGCUCAAGCAUUACAAAAAUUUCCAAAAUCUGGUAUACUUUGGGCUGAAGCUAUAUUUAUGGAACCAAGAGCACAAAGAAAAACAAAAAGUGUUGAUGCAUUAAAAAAAUGUGAACAUGAUCCAAUUGUAUUACUUGCUGUAUCAAAAUUAUUUUGGUGUGAGCAUAAAAUAACAAAAUGUCGUGAUUGGUUUAAUCGUACAGUUAAAAUUGAUCCUGAUUAUGGUGAUGCAUGGGCAUAUUUUUAUAAAUUUGAAUUAUUAAAUGGUACAAAAGAACAACAACAAGAAGUUCAAAAAAAAUGUAUUGCUGCUGAACCACAUCAUGGUGAAGAAUGGUGUAAAGUAUCUAAAAAUAUUGCAAAUUGGGUAUUAAAUAUUGAACAAAUUUUAAAUAUUGUAGCAAAUGAAUUGCCAAUACCAAUUUAAUUUUUUCAUUAAAUAUAUAUAUUUUUUUUUAUUUCAUAAGUAUAAAAUAAUAAUAAAAAAAAAAAAAAAAAAAAAAAAAUAUAUUUGUGUUGUGUGUUUGUUUGUGUAUGUUUUUCUUUUUUUCCAUCAUUGGGUUAUGUCAUGACUCAUGUUAUAUUUUGUUUGUUAUCAUUAUCAUUUGUCUAAAAUUUUCACACGAAUGUCAUCAUGUGACACACGAAAAUAACCGAAGUCGUGAACAAAGGAAAAAUUUUUUUUCUCUCAUAGAAAAAAACAGAAAAAAAAAAAAAAAAGAGAAAGUUGCAAGUUGUAUAAAAAUAUAAAUUUAAUAAUAAAUAAAUACAAAA